CCGGAUUCCGUCGCCUUCGUCGCUCGCGUGUUUACACUCGCGGCGCGUGAGGUUCCGUGCAGAGGCGAGGGCCACGCAAGUCUAAGCAAGAGGGUACGUGUUAGUGAUUUGGAAUGCCUGCAGUAGGAAAGAUGGGAGGUAAGGAGAAAAAGGUCACAAAUAUGAAACGCAAAAACUCCAUUGGAGAGCCUGCAAAGGACUUUGGCAGCCCAGAGAAGAAAGCCAGAAGUGACAGCAAAACAUCAACCAAGAAGAAAAAAUCUCCCAUCAAGGAGAAAAAAAAUGCAAAGAAAGUUUUGCCAGAUAAGAAUCCUCAAAGCUCUGACCAGGAGGUUGUGAAUGAGAGUAAGAAGCCACAGAAGAAGGCAAAAUUUGGUAAAGAUAGUCAAGCCAGUGCUGUCAGCAAAGUGAUGCCAGCAAAAAAGAAAAAUGAGCCUGCCAAGGAACCUCCCAAAGACAGCAAAACUGAUGAAGCAUCGCCAGAUUCAGUGCCCCUGAAGGGUGACUUGUUAAAAAUCUACCAGAAGAGAAAGGCAGAAAGAAAUGCAAGAUGCUUCCGUGUCAUAAUACGUACUUCUGAGGAGGAUGAAGAGGAUGAGGAAGUGGAAUUUGAAAAUGCAGUGUGUGUACGCAGUUUAAAUAAUGGUUUUUACUUUGUGAACUACAAAUCAGAAGAAAUGGCUGAGAAGAUGAAAUCAGUGUUGGAGGAAAGAGAUGAUGUAAUUGUUGUUAACCGAAUGCAGAAUAAAUUAAAUAACGAUAUUUGUAUAAACCCUUUUCGAUUGUUUAUUGAAAAUGUACCAGUACAGACUACGCUUGAGGACCUACAGGAGGUGUUUACAACAGCAUCAGAGGUUGUUUACAUGCCCAACAGAUGUUUGGCUCACAUGAUAUACAAGUCCAAAGCAGAGGCAGAGAAGGUUUUCAGAGAGGCCGAUGAUAUUGAAAUCCACGGAGCAAAGAUGACCGUGCUGUAUGUGGACAACACACCGAAACGCAAUUGGCGAAAAGAAAAGAUACAGAAAAUUAAGGCUGUUAAGAAGAAAAAGAAGCAAAAGAAACUACAGAAAUUGCUAGCUGGACAGUGAUGGGCAAGGAAUGACUGGUAGCAGUGAAGUGAGAAUGAUAAAGGGAACAGUUGAGAAAUCUAUGAAUAUAUUUGUUAAAUUGGUCACUUUUUGAUCUUGGAAAAUAUGCAGUGGAAAAAGGAUGUUUUUCCUUUUAGUUUGUCAGAUGCAUAUUUUUGUUCUUCAUGUUCUUCCUGAAUAAAAGUUUGAAAUCUAAUUAAA